AUGGAUAUCGCAUUCAACCAACACUCUCCUCAUAACCGACGUCACAAUCGAUCUUCAUCCAAUCUCACAAAUCUUACCAUGGCACCACUAACUACCAAACUUCCUCCCUCAAACGACGAUUACUUUCCCGACCAUACAUCCUAUAUUGACAAUCGUUCUUCUCCUACAACGCCUUCAAUCCUCUCUCGCUCGUCAUCCCGCGUUUCCGUACGCAAACCCGCCCCAAUGAAUCUCUCAAUCCCCAAAUCAAAAUCGAGCAUUCACCUCGCUCCUACUCCUCUCACACCCCGCGCACCAGGCCACCGCUCCGGCACAACUACACCCUCACGCCACUCGCAUCUAAGAAACACGAUCGCUCCAGAUAAUCUAAAGAUCAGUACAUUCGGUGAAGAUAACCCUAAUGAUUCAGAUUGGUUUCUGCGAGCCGGCGCCAUGAUAUCAUCCUCCACUCGAGAGUCCAAGGGCCAAUUAUGGCUCGUCUCACGCGCAAGUUCAACAAGUUUGCAGAAGGAUGAGGAUGAAGAUGCAUUUGAGCGGGAGCUCGCCAGAGAAAGAGAACAUAAUAGCAGGAGAGGAAGUAGACGAGGAAGUUUCGAUGCGGAUGAUGAGUUUUCACCGCUCACAACGAGACGGAGUUUAAGUUUUGGGCCUGCACACAAUAGGCCAGCGAGUAGAUAUGGCAGUCGAGCAAAUAGUAGAAUAGGAAGUCGAGCGAAUAGCAGGAGAGGGAGUAGAGCGGCGCUGAUUACACCAAUGACAGCAGAUAAAGAUGGAGGAUACUUCGAUACAGAAUUUGCACAUGAAGAAUACCCUGCAGAGCCAGACUUUGUAGAUGUGGAAGAAGAAUGGCUUGAGGAUGGUGACGAAGCAAGAAAAGACGAAGCAACGGUUAAGAAGUUGGCUAGAGCGAGCAGACUGGGACUCGGAGGCUGGGUAGAAAAUUUACUAGGCUGGAGUUUGUUUGCUGUUGAAGAAGAUGGAGAAGAAGCCGAACUCGACACAUCAGAUGAGAAAGGAGAAGAAUCAUCAUUGUCAUCACGACCGUCGCGACACACCCUCGAUGGGAUGAGUGACACACCACUUACCGAGCAAAUGCCACCACUUAAUCCAAAUGAAGCCGAUGGAUGGCAUGAUGCUGCUUGGCUUCUGAGCGUCGCAAGUAAGGUAUUACUAUGA